ACAUGGAAUAGUACAUGUUAAACGCCGGUUGAUAAAGAUGAUGUCAACCAUUAAAUUUUACAGGUUGUUGUCACCCGUACAAUCAAGCAAGAUAUUCCAAGGCUGCACUAAGAGAAAUGCAACAAAUACCUCAAGACAGUCAAAGAAAUCUACUGACAAGAAAGGUCAAGAUGUGGAAGUGAAUGCAGAGCGACCCCAGACCAGCACAAUAGUUAAACAUGUGGUCUACACAGCGGUUGCAGUGCCAACCAUAUUUACUGGAUGUGCAAUCUGGCAGUAUGAGCGGAUUCGAAAUGAGAGUUUCCUACUUCGGCAUCAACGUUGGCAACAAAAAGAAAUGGGAAUUCGUGAUCAUAUAAAUUCAAUAUGGAACUCUCUAUCACCUGUUCAGAAGUUCACAUACACGUUUGUUGGAGUGAAUGCAGUUGUGUUCCUGAUGUGGAGAGUACCAGCACUUCAACCCUUUAUGCUCAGAUAUUUCACCCAUCUGCCUGCAAAAUCUCAUUCAGUGCUAGGAGGAACCUUAUGUGGCCUGAGUCACUCAAGCGGUCUCCACUUCUUGGUCAACAUGUACGUGUUCGCCUCGUUUGUGCACCCAAUGAUGCCACUGUUUGGGAAAGAACAGACGCUGGCCGUAUUCCUGGGUGGCGCAACGUUCUCUUCUUUGGUCAGUGCCAUCUUCAGGCUGUCAACAAAGUCCAUGAUACCUUCGCUGGGUGCCUCAGGGGGCAUUUUAACGCUAGUAGCGAUCACGUGUUUGACGUUUCCGGAUUCUAAGCUAGCCAUAGCCUUUGUGGACCAAAUUAUUCCGCACUCAUUUUCGGCGGAAUCUGCAGUUAUAGGCAUUGUGUUAUUUGAUUUGCUGGGUAUAUUGUUGCGGUGGAAGUUGCUUGAUCAUGCAGGUCAUUUGGGAGGGGUGGCUUUUGGAGUGUGGUACGCGAAAUAUGGACAUGAAUUUUAUAGGGACUAUAGAAAUAAGUUGUUACAAUUCUGGCAUGGGGUUAGGACUGGUAAGAAUUAGAUCGAUGUAAUUUUCAAUGUGUGAAUAUGUUUGAAAGUUAUGAACUCUGUAAUUAUUUUUUAUAUAUGUAUAUAAAGUUGUGAAUACCUUAAUAAAAAGAUGUGAUUUUGU